GCCGGGGGAAGAGGGAGGCUCAUUCAGCCUACGAGAGCGAGGAGGAGUGGAGCGGUUAGUGCACGGAGUAGGGAACUCACUGCCUGUGGGAAAGUAAACAGCAGGGUAUUUGCCGCCCUCUCAGAGGCCUCAGUCCGCUAGCAGUGGAUAAACGGAGGAUGAGGAUGUAUUCAAGGAGGUAGCUGAUUUCAUAGCAGGAAGUGCAUGGGAGGUUGUUGGGAUUAAAGUCCCUCUUGGGAGGUGCUGAAGCUUUCCUGUGGAAGUACUACUGAGGACAGAAAGAGCCCAUGUCCAUAACUCACCAAUACCUGGAGAAUGAUGUGGAGAAAGAAGAGGAAAAGAAAGAAAACUCAAAUUUUGAAGAGGAGAUUGGCAAACAAAAAGGCAAGACUACCUCGGGAGAGGAGACUGCAAAAUGCAGCGAGCCUCAGUCACAUUCAAGUGACUUGGAAGGGACUCAGGAAAAACAUGCAGACAAUUUGUCCCAAACGGUCACUACAGUUUCUCCUGCUGGUCAGGAGUGUAUCAGUCAUUAUAACACUACGGCAUCAACGACCACCAAAAGAGACCAAGCUUCCACAGACUCUGCUGCACCAGAGGACGUAAAUGAAAACGAAGACCAGACUUGCACUGAGGUGAAGACAGAGAGGGAAACAUGCACUAUUAGUACUGACACAGGAACAGAGAAUAUCAGACCCAGCCCAGCACAAAAUGCUGAAGGUGAGGCCUCUGCUGAUUCAGAACACCAGACAGCUGGUCCGGAGGUGAUCUAUGAUGACGUACCCUGUGAAGAAGAUCUGUCUUCAGGAGAAGCUGACUUGAUCUAUGAAGACAUCCCGAAAGAAGAGGGCUUGCAAAGGCCCAAUAAUGGCUGGAGCUCAAGCGAGUUUGAAAGCUACGAUGAGCAGUCCGACUCUGAGAGGGUGCCAACCCGCAGCAAGCUCUCCCCUGAUGUUCGACGACUGAGAGAACGUUACACCAGGACCAAACAGGAGCUAGCCAUGAGACUGGGGGGCAGACAUCAGGUCCAUCAGCUGAUGCGGGCGGCACGUAGCGGAACGAAAGAUGGCCUGGAGAAGACUAAAAUCGCUGUCAUGAGGAGAGUUUCAUUCCUACAUAAAAAGGACCACUCAGAUGACACUGAGGAUGAUACAGGGUAUCUGGAUGUGAUGGUAUCAGAGGCAAAACACCCACCUGCACAACUGGGACCAAUGCCAGAUGGGCUUAGCAGUCUGCAGAUUGUCCGACGCCAUAUUUUGGGUUCCAUUGUGCAGAGUGAGAGGAGUUACCUGGACUCUCUUAAACGGAUCCUACAGGAAUACCAGCGACCUCUGAUGGAGGCUGAGCCUCGAAUCCUCAGUGUCCGAAAAAUCCGGCCCAUUUUUUUCCGUCUGCGGGAGAUCAUGCAGUGCCACUCCAUGUUCCAGAUUGCCCUGGCAUCUCGGGUGGCCGAAUGGGACUCUUGUGAAAAGAUUGGGGACCUGUUUGUAGCUUCAUUCUCGAAAUCUAUGGUGCUGGACGUGUAUAGCGAUUACGUCAAUAAUUUCACCAAUGCCAUGGCCCUCAUUAAGAAAGCCUGCAUGUCUAAACCAGCAUUUCUGGAGUUUCUCAAGAAGAAACAGGCAUCUAGCAUUGACCGCAUAACUCUCUAUGGUCUGAUGGUAAAGCCUAUUCAGCGGUUUCCUCAGUUCAUCCUCCUCCUGCAGGACAUGCUGAAGAACACUCCCACCGGCCAUGUGGACAGGCUGCCUUUGCAGUUGGCUCUGACUGAAUUGGAAACCCUAGCUGAGAAACUCAAUGAGCAGAAAAGGGUGGCUGAUCAGAUCACUGAGACACAGCAGCUGGCUCGCUGUGUCAGUGACCGCUCUCUCAGCAAGCUGCUGAACUCCGAGCAGAGCUCUUUGAUCCUUUGCGAGACGCUGAUUGAGACGGUGUACGGCGAACGAGGACAGGUCCUCAAGUCUAAGGAGAGAAAAGUCUUUCUCUUCGGUGACAUGCUCAUCUGUGCCAACAUCAAUGUCAAGGGCCCCCCUGACAUCAGCAGUCUGGUUCCGGUAGGUCCCAAGUACACCCUGAAGUGGAGCGCCCCCUUGCAGCAGGUCCAGGUAGUUGAAGUGGGUCAAGAGGGCUCCCAGACCAAGGACACGCUCUAUCAGCUGGGAGGACUCAAGCGCUCGGGCGGCUCUUCGGGAUCGGGAAGUAUCUUUCUGGGUCCGCCCCGUCUGUAUCAGGAGCUGCAGGAGUUACAGCAUGACCUCUCAGUGGUGGAGCAGGUCACUCUGCUUGUGGGAACUUUACAGGGAACGUACCAGAAUCUGAACACCGCAGUAGCACAGGACUGGUGUUUAGCACUGCAAAGGCUGAUCCGCAUCAAGGAAGACCAAAUUCAGAGUGCCAACAAGUGCCGUUUACGAUUGCAAGUCCCUGGCAGACCAGACAAGUCUGGUCGUCCUGUGAGCUUCACUGUGGUCUUCAACACACCAAGCCCCGUCAGCAAGAUCUCCUGGGUUAACAGGCUCCACUUAGGAAAAAUAGCACUGAGAGACGGAAACACACCAGGUUGGUUCUCUGCAGAGUAUGAUGGGAAGACAAAAGCUCCGUUUUGGUGUCCACUGCUGGCCUGUCGCAUGCCAGUUUUCACCUCCAAAACCCAGGAAUGGAAGCUGGAGGCUGCUCUUCACAAUCCUGUUCAAUGUGCUUUACUUGGUUUCUCAGCUGCAAGUACUUCACUUCCUCAAGGCUACCUUUGGGUAGCGGGUGGAGGUGAUUCCACUCAAGGCCAGGUGGACAUCUUCUCCUUGAACAGACCCACACCUCGGCCUGUAAAAUCCCUCCAGAUGGGAGCUCGAGUGAGGUGUUUGGAGUAUGUGCCUGAGCCCACCCCUUCAGAGGACACCGAAGCCGGUUCUCACAACACCACGGGAGUUGGAAAUACUAUCUGUGUGGGACUUGAUGACGGCAGCAUUCUGGUCUACGGCAGUAUGGACACAGCCGCCCAAUGCCUUGUGACUCUCUGUAACCCCGAGGGCUGUCCAGUUCUGUGUCUCAAACAUUCUGGAAACUUCCUAUUCGCUGGCCUGCGGGAUGGAACGCUGAUGGUGUACGAGAGACAUCGCAGAGGGGAACUGUGGAACCAGGACUCCUGUAGGAAAGUAACAGUUGGUUCAGAACCCAUCAGGACACUACUUGCCUUGGAGGACUCAGUCUGGGCUAGCUGUGCUAACACAGUAACUGUAGUUGACGGCUCCAGUUUGUCCACUCAGAGAUUUGAGGUCCAUCAAGACCCCAUGGUGAGCGUGGCUCAUAUGGUGCGAGCUGGGGGAGGCGUGUGGAUGGCGUUUUCAGAAGGCUCCUCUAUACGCUUGUUCCAUACGGAAACACUGGAGCACCUGCAGGAGAUCAACAUAUCUACACCUUCAUCGUUUUACAACCCCAGUCAGAAGAGCAUGAGAGUUACCAGCCUGCUGAUUUGCCAGGGGCUGCUGUGGGUGGGUACUGCCCAGGGCAUUAUCAUCACCCUGCCUGUGCCCAAGCUGGAGGGCAUCCCCAAAAUUACAGGUAAGGGGAUGACAUCUCUUAAUGCACACUGCGGGCCUGUGGAAUUCUUAGUUGCCCUUUCUAGCACUUUGUCUCCUGAUCUUCUGAAGCGGGAUUCUAUGGUGGAAGGGCAUGACUCUGCUUGUGGAGCGGAGGACCGCAGUGACUCGUCCUCUCAGGAAUCUCUCCAGCAGCCCAGCAUUUCUGCCCAAGUCGAUGGCAAAGGGAAGGGACGGGGUGGAGUUUUGUUACAGUACCGCCUUCGUUCAACCUCAGGUUUGCCCGGGCGACCGUUAACCGCGAGAGGGGACGAGGCUUCGGACUCGUCCUUAGAAUCUUUGGAACACAGCAUGGAAGACGGCUCUAUAUACGAACUCAGCGAUGAUCCAGACAUGUGGGUCAGGGGUCGACCCUGCGAGAGGGACGGGGUGAGGAGAGACAGGGUUAGCUCAGUAGCAGUCAUCUCGGGCGGGAAGGGCUUCCGCCGACUGAGGGAGGGUUCGGUGGCAACAACCGCAGAAACCACACUCAUGAUCUGGCAGCUUCCUCUCACGGUUUGAGCUGAAAUUGAGUUUAAGGAAUAGUAACCUAGUGAACUUACCCAUAUGGCACUCCACACCUGAAUGACUUUCUUAUAAUGGAAUCAAUGCACUGGUAAUUUUUUUUUCAGUCUAAUAAAAAGGAUACAUAAGUGGCAUAAAACUGGCCAUACAACCCGUCCUUUCUAAGUUUUCAAAGUCAUAAAGUAAGUUUGUGUGACGAAUGGUUCAGGAUGCAUCUGGAUCAUUCAUUCAGGGAGAACCGAUUCAUCUGGACCAAUUUUGAUUUGAAAAGAUCUGACUCAAAAGAAUGACUAAUUUACAAGCCAGAUAUCACUAGGGUAAUAACGGUGAAUAAUAGAAGUUGACAAUUGUCUUCACAGGAAGCUAUCGGCACACUACUUUUAGGGUGUUUUUUGUCAUUUUGGAGCCUGAAAGCUCUAGUCCUCAAUUGUAUUAUGCAGAAGAAUGGUGACCAGGAUUUUUGAAAGAAACAGUAAUAUGAGUUUGGAAUGGCAUGAGGAUAAGUAAAUGGCAGAAUUUUCAUUUCAGAGUGAACUUUCCCUUUUUGCUGGGCAUGUGUGGUACAAAAUGUGAGGCUCUUGGGCUGCUUGCUUUUUUCAGAUGUUCUAUAUUAACUGACCUAGCGAUCUCAAGAAAUACAGGUCCUCCAAUAAGAAUAUUCCAUAACUAAUAGGCUCAGAGUAAUAUAUUCUCAUGUAAUUCAGCCUCUGUCACUCAUCCUGUACAGUACCUGGAAGGUGUUUCCUUACUGGUAGAGAAUUUAAAUCCAUGCAUUUAAUCUCAGACUUCACCAUAAUCAGGGCCUAAACUACUCAAAUAGAAUUUCCUUGAGGCCUCAGUCCAGUCAGCCUUUAGUGAAUCAUGAAUUUACGACACCACGGAGCUGUUGAAGGUUUUUUUUUUUUUUUUUUUUU